AUGCCACUUAAACUACCACCAAACUACCAGCGAGCCAUUGCCAUGGCGAAACCUGCGUUGAAAGCUGCCAGAGAGGCUUUAAGCACAAAAGACUAUGAAGAAACUAUAACACAGUGUGAAAAAGCUCUCUCUUUUGACUCUGAGAAUUAUAACGCUUAUGUCUUUCUAGGUGUUGCUUACUCUUCUUUAAAUAAGGAGCCAGAGGCAAAGAAGGCAUACCAAAAUGCAAUAGAAUUAGAUGAUAAACCUCUGCUUGCUUGGCAGGGUUUAUGGAACCUACAGGAAAAACUCAAAGACAUUCAAGGUCUUCAUCAGUCAACAGAAGUGUUGGCUUACAAGUUCAUGGAGGCAAAUGAAAGUGAAAAAUGUUUAAAUUUUGUCAAUAAAUAUUUGAGCCUCGUUCGUGAGCAGGGUUCUAAAGCUGAUCAAAUGAAAGCUUUGACUUUACUGACACCUAGUCAGGGCGAAUUAUAUCAGUAUCUUGAAGGUCGAAUCGAACCUGUCCAAAGUUUGUAUAUGCAAAUGGCAGACUUGCAAGAGUCUCUUGAUAAUGAUUAUUCGCAACGAGAAAUCAACAAAAGAAAAAAUAGACUUGGCGCUCGCCUUGAUCAGGUAGUUCGCGAUGUGGAAAAAGAAAUUAUGGAUAAUUCUCCUAUCGAAAAUAUCUAUAUGGAAAUUAUAAAUUGGUCUCAGGAUGAUGAAGUUCGUCGCUUGACGGAAACUAAGUUAUUAUACAUGUAUUUGAAACGGCUCUACGCGUCUGACAGUCAAGGAAAGGCAAUAUGGAAAAAUAAAGUUUGGGAACUUGUGCAAGGCAUGGUAACGUUACAUAUUCCAGAACCGACUGCAUGGACUAUUUAUUUGGAAUGGCAGGACCAUUCAAACAUCGAUCAAUUGAAUCCAAAUGAAGUCGAAGAGUUUUGCACCCUGUUUUCAGAAAACCCUUUAUCUAAAGCGUUGGUUGCAAUUCAAAAUUCCGAUUAUUGGAUGGAAACGCAUCCGCCGAAAGAAAAAGAGCCUGAAAAUUCCUUAUCUAAACAAAAUGAUAGCCACAAUGAAGAUGAACCGAAUGAAAGUUUACUUCCACAAGACCAAGUGCUGUCCAUAUUAUCUCAAUCCUAUCAGGAAUGCCCUCAAUCCUUGUUAAUUACUGAAGUGUAUACCCAGUAUUGCGUGUACUUAAAAGAGUAUAGUGAUGCUGUCCAGCUUAGCUUGUCAGCAUUGAAUACAUUGAAGAAAACAGAGUCAGAUACAGGCCUUCAGUAUCAAGAACUACCAUAUCUCUUCUCUUUAUUCCUUGCUAUUGGCUAUUCUUACUACGAGGUGCCAAGAUAUAUAUUACAAGCUGAAGAGCUUUAUAAGAAAGUUCUAGCUCACGUACCUAAUAACUAUAGUGCUCUUAUUGGUUUAGCCGGUGUGCAAAUGGAAAAUGAGCAGUACAGUGAUGCCGCUCAAACUUUAGAGAAUGUGCUCCGGGAAAAUCCCGAGGAUCCUUGUUUAUCUCAGCUUUCAUGGUGUUACUAUAUGUUGGGUGAUCUUGAUAAAGCCAUGGAGCAAGUUCAAACUUGCUUACAGAUUUUGCAAGGAAACACCAAAAAUAAGCCGGCUUUGGCAGAAGCUUACUAUCGUUUUGGUAUUUAUACCACAAAAAGCAAAAUUGAAAACUAUGAAGAGAAGUCUUUUGCAGCCUUCGUUUCCUCUUUGCGCUGCGAGCCCAAUUUUGCUUCCACUUACACCGAAUUGGGAUAUUACUAUAGAAAUGUACAUGAUAUUUCUCGAGCUAUGAAAUGUUUUCAAAAAGCCUUUGAAUUGGAAGCAUCACAAACAGAUGCUGCUGAAGAAUUAGCGAAAAUGUUUGCUGAGGCUGAAGAAUGGGAGUUAGUGGAGGUUAUUUCCAGACGUGUUCUAAGUACUAGCCAGAAUGACUUGAAGCGCAAAAGAAAGUUUAAUUGGCAUCAUAAGUCUUUAGGUGUCUUCCAAUUGCAUUCUAAAAAUUUCCAAAAUGCUAUUGUCCAUUUCCAAGCAGCUUUACGUAUUUUUCCCAAAGACACGCAUUGCUGGAGUGGUCUAGGGGAAGCUUAUGCUAGGUCUGGUCGUUACAUAUCCGCUUUGAAAGCAUUUAACAGAGCCAGUGCAUUAGAUCCAAAUGACUGGUACACCAGAUACUUUAUCGGCUCUAUCCAAAAAGAUAUGGGAGACUUUGAGAAUGCAAUGGAAACGUUGUCAUCUGUUUUACAAGGCCGACCAUCCGAGAUAUGUGUUUUGUUGUGUUUAGCAGAGACUAGUCUACGACUGUCAAAGUAUUACAUUCAUCACGGGUAUUACCAAAGGUCUGCAUUGGCAUCACAAAAGACAAUUGAAGUUUGCUGCACAGUACUGAAUAUGGAUAUUAAUAUAUACUCUUCCUGGAAAAUGCUAGGGGAUGCUUGUAUAAUAUUUUCAAAAUUAGGAAACUAUCAUGCUGAUUUUCCUGCGAAGAAUGUUUCCGACUUAUUAUUAUCCACUGAUUCGAUGAAUCUUGCAAGCAACGGGCGGCAGAUAGACAACAUGAUCUAUUUUCCUGAUUUAGAAAACAAUGAUCCAAGUUACAUGAUUUCCUGUGGAUGUACCUGCUUUAGUAUUUUAUUAUCCCUUUCAGCUGAAGAUAAACUAUUGUUGCCAGCUUCAUGGUACAAUACUGGUGUUUCAUACUAUACUUUAUUUAAUUCUGGAAAAAACAAGUUAUAUUUGGGUGUCGCCAUCGAUUGUCUUAAACAAGCUAUUAAGCUGGAGCCAAAGAAUAAUAACUUUUGGUGUAUGCUUGGUGUCUUACUGUCCAACAGCUCUUCUAUUCGAGCUGCCCAACAUUGCUUUAUUCAAGCUUUGCAAAUAAACGAAAGAGAUAUUGAUGUGUGGGUAAACUACGGAGCUCUUUGUUUACAAAUUUUGGAUAUUGAAUGCGCAGAUAAUGCAUUUACACGGUCUAUUUCCAUAGACCCUGAUAAUUCGCGCGCAUGGUUGGGAUACGCAUAUUGCUCAAUUUCUACUGGAGAUCAUGAAAAGACUGUUCAAGCCCUACAGCAUGCUUUUGAAAUAUCUGGUGGAAACAUACGUGAUGUGAAUUAUUGGUAUGCAAGCGCUAUGCUUAAUGUGGCAAACUCGUCGAAAGGAAAAGACGUACUUAAGCUAUGGAAUGCUGUGUAUGCUAUCAAACGGUAUCUUUCCGAACUUCCCAACGACGCAUAUGCCAACUUCAUAAAGAGCAGCCUUUUGGAACACUUGGAAGAACCUAAUGACAGUACUGAAACUGCACGUGUGCUAUGUCAAUUGUUAGAAAAGGAGUAUGAUGCUACCGAGUCUGUCGGUGCACUUGAAAAAUACGUUGAUGCUAAAGGACAGUUGGCAAGAUUGUGUUUACGGUUGAACAAAUUUGAGGAGUCUUCCGAGCAUGCUUCUGUUGCUUUGGACUUGAUCAAUGAAGAAGACAAUAGUGCUAAGCAAGUUUCUGUGGGGUUGAAUCUUACAUGUGGGUUGGCAGCAUACUUUUUAGGCAAUUUGGAACAGUCUCUACAACACUUUGAGAAGUCUUUGGAGUUGGGAGAAUCUCAUCCAGAUGUCGUGGUACUAGUUGCAAAGGUACUUUGGGCAUUGGGAAGCGAAACUGGUAAACAGGCAGCAAGAGAACAGCUUCUUUCGGUGACUGAACAGCAUCCUGAACAUAUUGACUCUCUCGUAUGUCUAGGUGCCAUUGGUGUUGCUGAUAACGAUACUGCAAUGAUGGCGGCGAUUCAAGAGGCUCUUUUGAAUUUAAACAAGGAUAAGAUCUCAAAUCCAGAGACUCUAAGCGUUGUAGAGAAGCUACUUGCGAUGUUAACAAUGGCGUAUGAUCCUAAAGAAUUACAAGCCCUACUCUUGCAACAACUAUAUAUACAUCCCGAUGCUGCUACUACUUGGUCUUUGCUUAUAGAGCAAAGAUACACUUCACCCGCAAUAGCUACAGCGUUUGCUCACACCCUAUAUACGCAUCCUUUUGAGCCUGCCGAUUUGGCAGUGGCGUAUCGACACCAGAAAACAAAUGCUUAUGGUAGAUCUGCUUUCAACAAACUAGCCAUCACUCACCCUUUAAACCAUCUUUCGUUCUUCGCGAAGCAUGUUCAUGACGGGUUUUUCUUCAAGAAAAUCCACAGACCACACCAGGCCUCACGUAAAAAAUAA